UCUGGUUGAUUCACCGCUACUGGAGGAUUGUUGUCAUUUUUCGGUGGCUAGCUGUUAAUGCUAGCUAGCCGCUGGAUUUUCUCUCCAACAUACUUUGAUUCAGCAGGAUGUUAGGAUGGAGUGUGUCCCAGCUCUGCCAGAUAGUCUGGUGUUGGAGAUCUUCCUGCGUCUGCCCCAUGACGCCGUCCUGAGAGCCGGGCUGACCUGCAGGCAGUGGCUGGCUGUCUCCAGAGAUGAGUUCCUUUGGCGGGAGCUGUUUUACAGCUACUACCGCAUACCACGAUCUGUACCCCGACACCCAGCGGCUGUGUCGUGGUACAGGGAGUUCAGACGUCUGUUUGACUGUAUCCCCUGUGUGGAGGUUCAGACGCUGAGAGAGCACAGCGACCAAGUCCUCCACUUGGCUUUCUCUCACAGGGGUCAUCGGUUCUCGUCCUGCUCCAAAGACUGCACUGUUAAGCUAUGGGACACGGAGCGGCAUGAUGGUAAUAUCUCGCUGGUGCACAGCUCCAGCAUGCGGCAGUUUAACUGGGGCUACACCCAGUUCUCCCAGUUCAAUGCUGAUGACACCCUGCUGCUUGUGUCUGGUGUCUACUUGGGCCCACACCACUCCUCGUCUGGGGAAAUCGCUGUCAUCAGUUUAGAAAAUUACUCGCUGUUGUCGCGUGUGAGGAACAAGCCGUACGAUGUGUUUGGCUGCUGGCUGAAUGAAACGCACCUGAUCUCUGGGAACCUGCACUGGAUCGGCAACAUGACGUCUUGCUCUGUGCUGUGGCUAAACAAAGCCUUCCAAGAUGUUGAAUCAGAGAAUGUGAACGUGGUCAAGCGCCUUUUCAAGAUCCAGAACAUCAACGCCAGCACCAUACGCACAGUGAUGGUGGCCCACUGCCGGCGUCACGACACCCCGGACUUGCUGCUGGACUACGAGGCUCAGUCUCAGGCACGGAGGCAGAAUGGGCAGCAGCAGCAGAACCACCAGCCUCUUCUCUUUGACCUGGGAACCUCCGGCAGUGAGGAAGAAGAGGAGGAAGAGCAGCAGCAGAGGGAAGCACAGUGUCCCAGUCUCUCCACUGGCCGCUUUCCUCAGCCCACCAUCUCAGGCCUGGAACACGUUUUAGAGAGUCGUAAAAAGGUCGGCCCCAGGGAGCUGGCGAUUGAGACCCACGUGGCUAAGGUGAUGGGCAGAGCCCACACGAAGCCCCCUGACUCCAGUUUAAUUGAGCCUACUGAGCCCGGUGAGGGAGAGGACAAAACGUACUUACUCUUCACCACGGGAAGCCUUACAUACUCCCCUCAUCAGAUAGGUAUUAAACGGAUCAAGCCGGAUCAGAUGACCACUAGUGGUCCUGUUUUGGGGGAAGAGCGGAGUUCAGAUGAGUUUUUUGAUUCCCUGGACCAUGUCAUUGAUAUCCAUGGACACAUCAUUGGUAUGGGCCUUUCUCCAGACCACAGGUACUUGUAUGUGAAUAGCCGAGCUUGGCCAGCUGGAUGUGUUAUCUCCGACCCCAUGUCUCCUCCUCCCAUCGCCGAGGAAAUAGACCUGCACGUUAUCGACCUGAAGAGUUUGAGGGAAGAGAGAAGGAGCCUGCGCGCUCACCGAGCCUUCACACCUAAUGACGAGUGCUUCUUUAUCUUCCUGGAUGUCAGCAGGGACUUUGUUGCCAGUGGAGCUGAGGACAAACACGGCUACAUCUGGGACCGUCACUACAACAUCUGCCUGGCACGUCUGGCGCACGAUGACGUGGUGAACUCUGUGGCGUUCAGCCCUGCUGACCAGGAGCUGCUGCUGUCUGCCAGCGACGACUCUACCAUUAAGGUGUGGCGCUCACCGCGCAUGCUCCGCCUGUCGCAGGCCCCCGCCAGGCCAACGAGGCCCCGCGGCCUCCUAUCGUCCUGGCUGAGCCGCGGCAAGAACUCGUCAUCUGCCAGCAAUGUCAACGGAAAACCAUGAGUCAGGUUGGGAAACACUUGAAGAGGGAGGGAGCGGGAAGAGGGAAAUUUGAUCUUUUUCCUCUGUGGUGUGAAUAUAUAUAUAUGCACUCCAUGUAUAUUUACAGUGUGGUCACAGUCAGUGGUUUUGUUCAAGCUCACAGUGUUGUGACUCAUAGCAGUGCUUGCUGUCUCCAGCUAACAGGAGACGGGACUUGAUGUGACUCAGGGUUUAGACACAAGAGAGCGCCGUUGCACCAGCAGAGGGCAGAAAUCACCACAGACUGAUGGUGCUGUUGACCGGAGUGAUGUGAAAUAUUAUCACAGAAAGAUGUUCGAGCGAGGAGCCGACACCUAAAUGCACAGGACAGACGUCCAAACAUUAUCCACAAGAGAUGAUUUUUGUCUGUCUUUAUCUGUAAUGUCUGAACAGGUCAGACGCAGGACUCCUGGACCUGAGGUGUAAAUGUAUGUAAAUGUGCUGCAGAGCUGAUCGCUGUCAUGUUCUGCUCAUCAGAGGCAAAGUGCUGUACUGAGAGUUAAUUCAGAAAAUGUCUUUUCUUAUUCAUGGUUCUACCCACUUUAUGUCUUGAGUAUAAACACCUCAUAAACCCUUUUUUGUCAGAGGAUUCUAAAACCAGUCGGGAAGAUGGCAUUAAUCUGCAUUAACAACAGUCUGCUUUGGUUUUUAAUUUCAUCCCGUCUCGUUGUUUUUGUGCCCCAGAGAUGAUCAAUCACUACUGUAUCCGAUGUAGCAUUAUUGAGUAAUUUAAUCUAGAAGAGUUGUCAAGGAACAGUUAGCGUGAAGCAUGACUGUGAUCAGAGAUAUGUUGUUUAUGUAGCUAAUUGUUAUUUGGGCCUAUAUUAUGUAGAAAUGUAUUUAAACACCUUUAUUCGUUUGUAGCACUAAGCUGCACCCUUUAAUUUUGUCAAAAAGACUUUCUGACAUCAGAAUGAAUUUCAGAAACGUGUGUCCCCUGGAGUCUUUUUUAAAUAAAAAAAAAAAAAAAAAAUUAUAAUUGUCUUUCCUCGUCAGUACAAGUGACAGUUUUAUUUAGUCUUAAACCAAACGUCCCCACUUGAUGUCUAAAAAUGUCCAAAUAUGGAUCAUGGACAACUAUAUAAAGCCGUGUACAUUUGGUCUUUUAGCUUAUCCUGUCUGUCAAAACUGCAGCCAUCACCGCAUCCUCCUCUAAAAUUCAUUCCGAGAUGUUUCAUUUCUGAUCAGAUACUGUGCACAUUAGACAAACUGUAGAGCAAGCAAUGUUACAUGACAUAUUUAUAUACUUCAGGAUACAUACGGCAUGUGUUUGAUUUCCUUUUUUGAUGGCAUUGAGGAGGUUUUUUUGAGCCCAUUAAGAGCCAGGGCACCCAUUUAAAAUGCUUUCUUAACCCUAAAGCAUUGAAUGAAAAUACCUCCUAAAACUUGAGGGUGACUGAAUUGUCAGCGUUCACUGAAAUCUUUUAUUUCACAGCCUCUGAAGCAGAUAGAAACUUGAAAUGAAAACCAUUAAAGAGCUGAAGCAUUGGCUUUAAUUAGAAAGUGUUGCCUUUGCUCUUAUUUUCAUUAACAAAUAACAGUUAAUUACCUCAUUCACUUGUCUUGAAAGGGACAACAUCAUCCAGCAAUAGCUCAAGUCACAUCAGCCUCUAAAGGGAGAAACACGCAAACACUGUAUCAGGUCUUGAUGGGUUUAUAUGGCCUGAAUCCUUAAAUUCACUAGAACAGACGAAAAGGUAGAAAUUCUGUUAAAAAAAAAGUUCAGUAAAUCUAAAAAGCUGUAAUUCUGUUGUAAUAACAGAUUGCACACCACUGUCUUGAGCAGUAGAAAAAAUGUCACUCAGGUCUUUAAUUUAGACACAACGUAUGUGUGUGUGUGUGGGUCGACACUUAAAGUACCAAAACUGAAAUUUCGUUAAUAUAAAUGUAAUAAUUUGAAAUGCUUAUGCAGACAGAUUUCCUCAAGUGAUUAAAAAGUAGAACAGACAGCAACAAAUAGAACUGCAACUAAUGAUUUCUUUCAUUUUUGAUAAUUAAAUGUUUUCGUUAUAGUCAAAAAUGCCCAAAGUAUCCUUUUCAAAUGGCUUCUUUUGUCCAACAGAAAAUAAACUCAGUUUAAUGAAAUAAAUGAAAAUAAAAAGCAGCAAAUGAUUACAUUAGAGAAGCUGAAACCAGCAAAUAUUUGACAUUUAAAACAGAUUAAAAAGAAAUGACUGACGUAAUUAUCAACGAUCCAAAUGUUUGGUAGCUACCUUUCAUUCAAUCAAAACAUUUACUCUUCAACUAAUAGCCAAUAGCAAACCUCGUGCUGCCUUUUUGUCCAGAAACUUAAUGAAAACCAAGGCCCAAACAGCCGGAUUAGCCCUUUACUUCCCAUCAUGCUUCUAUUCCAUUUAAGGUCCUUCAGUUUUAUCACCCGAGGACCAGUCUCAAAUCAAAACGAAAAGUAGCACAUAAGAUCUGAAAUUGACACUUUAGAUUUCAGUUGCAGUUUAAGCGUCACAAGCGUCAGGUACUUUACCUGCCAGAGUUUUGUGUUUCCUUGGAGAUACCCAGCCGGAGGCUGUUGUGACUGAUUAAAUCACCCUUAAUUAUGAUUUUGGGUUAUCUUGUUAUCUGAGCUGUCUGGCUGCAAUUUUAUUCCAGAGUGUGAAGUAGUCAGCUCAUCAGCUCACUCUUGACCCCCCAAGUGAUCAGUAUUCUCCAUGUGUUUGAAAUGUGUGUAAUAAGUCAUGAACUUCCUCCUCUGCUCCUUUUGACACAUUUCUUAACUGUUGUUUUCAUCAUGUUUUCUGCCUGUCUAAUGUCAUUUUCUUACUCCCCUCAAAUAAAAAGCAUGCCCUGAAAGGCCAGAAGUCUGAAAAA